AAAAAAAAAAAAAAAAAACCUUCACCCCACCACCUGCAUCUCUUCUCACCACCACCACCACCGUCCUUUCACUAACAUGCGCCCCAACCUCCUCUCCUCCUCCUUCACCCCCAUGGCCACCACCACCUCCUCCUCCCCUCACCACCACCACCACCACAAAAAAUCCCCAUCCUCAAACCCUAACCACUCCACCACCUGCUCUCACCACUCCCCUUCCGCAACCCUAGACAUCCUAAUCCUCAUCCUCGUCCUCUUCUCCGGCGCAUUCCUCAUCUCCUCCUACUUCUCCUACAUCUUCCACUCUCUCUCUCUCAUCCUUCCUCCACUUUCUCUCUCCAUCCUCAUCGACUACUCCUCCAUCUACCUCCUCGGUUUCUUCUUCUUCUUCGUCUUAUCGAUCAUCGGACUCGAGAUCUGCUGCGGAAACCGGUCCAGGAAGUGCGGGAAGCGAGGAUGCAGAGGUUUAAAAAAGGCGAUGGAGUUCGAUUUGCAGUUGCAGACGGAGGAGGUGUUGAGAUCUGGCGGUAGAAGUGUGAAGGAGGUGGAGGAUUUGCCGUGGAAAGGCGGAAGUGAAGUGAAUCCGGAUUAUGAGUGUUUGAGGACUGAGUUGAGGAAGAUGGCGCCGGUUAAUGGACGAGCCGUUUUGUUGUUUCGGUUGAAGUGCGGUUGUCCGGUUGCGAAACUGGAAGGCUGGGGACCGAAACGCGGCCGUAGGAGUAAGAAGAAUUUGAGUCUGAAUCAUGGCUGAUGUUUGAGAACGCUUAACGCUGAUACGAAUGCGAUCAGCAGCGCUCACUUCUUAUGUUUGUCUGUUAUCGUUAUUACCAUUCCAGAAAAUGGGUUGAUUCUUGUUUCUGGAUAACUUAAAACUAACACUUGUUCAAAGAUGUAGUACCCUUCAUUCAUUGUGAACCAGGUUUGGUUGGUAUAUGAACUGGGUAAUACCAAAUUAAUUAUGAAUAAUAAACACUGAAACAUUUUAAUUCCAUUGUAACGUAAGCUCAAUCGCUUGUGGGGUGGAA